AUUGGAACUUGGAUUUCAGUUAAGAGUAUUGAUUGCUGGUGCUUACUUCCAUGGGCACUCAAAAAAGCGCUUCAUAUUUACGGCUCCUUAUAACUUCAAAAGGAAGUCGUCCUAGCAGUGAAUGGAAACACACAUAUGGGGAGAAACUAAGGCUCCCUACUAAAAACGUGCAACAUGUGACCGGGACAUCUUGUUGAGCUCAAGCAGGGAGGGAGCUGAAGGUAGGAAAUUCCAACAUUCUGAAGUCUUCAGCAAAUCUUAGCAGAUCAUCUCCUCCUCACAGUCCUGUCUUUAGAGAACAGGGUCGCUAUUUCGGGAAUCCUAUAGAAAGACUCCAAGCCUCAGAAUGAGUUUGGACCAGAUAAAAUAAUCUAGAGUUAAAGAUGGCCCACAUAGGGAGUGCCAGAUUCACUCACAAGGAAAUGCAGAUGGGAUCAAAGGUUAAUAAACACACAUUGCUUUGAAUAGCAUAUGAAAACCUUCCAGCAGCUCUAAUAACCUUAGGCUUGGUAUAGAAGAUGCAGAGACAUGCUAAAAUUUCUCCCCCAAUUAUUGCCAAGCAGAAACUUGGACGAUCGACAUGGAAAUUGUCUCCACAGGAAACGACACUAUUACUGAAUUUGUCCUCCUUGGCUUCUAUGACAUCCCUGAGCUGCAUUUCUUGUUUUUUAUUGUAUUCACUGCUGUCUAUGUCUUCAUCAUCAUAGGGAAUAUGCUGAUUAUUGUAGCAGUGGUUAGCUCCCAGAGGCUCCACAAACCCAUGUAUAUUUUCUUGGCGAAUCUGUCCUUCCUGGAUAUUCUCUACACCUCCGCAGUGAUGCCAAAAAUGCUGGAGGGCUUCCUGCAAGAAGCAACCAUCUCUGUGGCUGGUUGCUUGCUCCAGUUCUUUAUCUUCGGCUCUCUAGCCACAGCUGAAUGCUUACUGCUGGCUAUCAUGGCAUAUGACCGCUACCUGGCAAUUUGCUACCCACUCCACUACCCACUUCUGAUGGGGCCCAGACGGUACAUGGGGCUGGUGGUCACAACCUGGCUCUCUGGAUUUAUGGUAGAUGGACUGGUUGUGGCCCUGGUGGCCCAGCUGAGGUUCUGUGGCCCCAACCACAUUGACCAGUUUUACUGUGACUUUAUGGUUUUCGUGGGCCUGGCUUGCUCGGAUCUCAGAGUGGCUCAGGUGACAACUCUCAUUCUGUCUGUGUUCUGCCUCACUAUUCCUUUUGGACUGAUUCUGACAUCUUAUGCCAGAAUUGUGGUGGCAGUGCUGAGAGUUCCUGCUGGGGCAAGCAGGAGAAGGGCUUUCUCCACAUGCUCCUCCCACCUAGCUGUAGUGACCACAUUCUAUGGAACGCUCAUGAUCUUUUAUGUUGCACCCUCUGCUGUCCAUUCCCAGCUCCUCUCCAAGGUCUUCUCCCUGCUCUACACUGUGGUCACCCCUCUCUUCAAUCCUGUGAUCUAUACCAUGAGGAACAAGGAGGUGCAUCGGGCACUUCGGAAGAUUCUCUAUAUCAAACAAACUGAAACACUUGAUUGAAGGAGAGUAAUGAAGAUGUUAUUUUGGACUUCGGACACCUCCAUUGGGAACUCUUCCAGGAUGGGUUGGAGAGGAGUAACUUUGUCUUAUUCGACCAUUCUCUUUGAACUCUUCUGCAGUUAUACUAAAAAUGAAAAUGAUACGGCAACAAUUUUUUAAACUUUUAUUUUAAGUUCAAGGGUACAUGUGCAGGUUUGUUACAUAGGUAAACUUGUGUCAUGGGGGUUUGCUGUACAGAUUAUUUCAUCACCCAGGUAUUAAGCCUAGUACUCAUUAAUCAUUUUUCCUGAUCUUCUCCCUCCUCCCAACCUCCACCCUCAAGUAGGAUUCAGUGUGUUGUUCCCCUCUAUGUAUCCAUAUGUUUUCAUAAUUUAGCUCCCACUUAUGAGUGAAGACAUACGGUAUUUGAUUUUCUGUUCCUGUGUUAGUUUGCGAAGGAUAGUAGCCUCCAAUUCCAUCCAUGUCAAAUAAUCAAAAUUAUUUAAACUUUGAUUAGUUCUUUAUUAAAUGUCAUAAAUAUUUAAAAAUAAUACAGCAAUACCAAAAUAAACCUAGAAAUAUUGUUUUUUAUAUUAUUGUUGUAUGACAUUUUAAAAUUUCUUUCUAUGUGUAUUUAUAUUUAUACAUACAAGUUGGAUCAUGGAGUUUGUAAUCUGGUUUUCCACUGAACACUGUGUCACGAACAACUUUUUCUAUUAACAAGCAUCUAUUUCUUUAUUCUUCUGGGCUUCAUCGUAUGGCUAAACAUGAUUUGUUAUUCUAUUUUGGGAAUUUUUAGUUGUAUUCUAUCCUUUUACUGUACAUUGUUUACAUCUGGAUUUUCCUGUAAUAAACUUUUAGCACCUAAAUUGCAACAUCUAAGGAUAUGUGUUUUUAAAAAUCUAAAGCUGAAUUCCUUUUGCUUUUAAACUUCUUUUCUUGUAGAACAUUUCAAACGUACAUAAAAGAGAAGAGCACAGUGAACCCCCAUGUACUCCAUGUAGCCACCAUCCAGCUUCAACAUCAACAUUUUGCUAAUCUUAUUUUAAUUAGCUACAGCUCCUUGUUUGUUUGUUUUCAUGGAAAAUUUUAGGGCAAAUUCCAGAUGUUGUGUAACUAUUAUGUUGUGUAAGUUAUGUAUGUACAUAUUCCACAUAUGUAUUUAGUAUAAUCUGUGACUGAUAAAGACAUUUUAAAAAACCAUGCCCACA